UUGCACACACCUCCCCACUGGUCUCUCGCCUUUCCUCCCUCUCUUUCUCUUUCUUUCUCUCCCUUUCUUUAUUUCUCUCUCUCUCUCUCCCUCCUCUCUGUAUCUCCCCCUCCAUCCCAUUGCCCUCUUUCUCACUGAGCUGCCAUUGAACUUCUCUCCCGUUAAUCUCUUGCACGCGGUGCGUCCAGGGUGGAACUUAAUUCGGUAGCGAUGAAGUGGCGGCUGCUAUUAGGUGCCUUGCUCAUCUCCCUGCUCACCAUUCAGUUUGGACAUUGCCAAAACGAGGACAAGGAUGCUAAGAGCGCCACAGAGAAGAAACCCAAAGGCAAGGCCCGGGCAGGGAAAGGAGCUGGGAAGAAGACCAAGACGGCCACGGCGAAACCCAAACUCAGGGCCGCCACACAGGCCCCCUCGGCACCUCAGGGGACGCGACUGACCCAGGUGGUGAACAAGGGCAAGUUCCAGAGGGUGGGGGGCAGCCUGAGCGUGCCUGCGGGAGAGACCCUGGAGCUGCGCUGCAAAGGCAACCCUGUCCAGUGGGGGGUGCCCUACUACCUGGAGGAGGAGGAUGCUGGGAGACUCAAAAUGGUUCAACACGAUCGUUAUGGCACACUGACCUUGGCCAACGCAACUGGAGCGGACACGGGCGAGUACACCUGCUAUCCCAUGUACUGCGAGGACACAGACUGCCGCAAAGAGUACGACAAAGCCGUCAAGGUCUUCAUCUUUUUCCCUGAUCCCCAGGAGCUGUUCGUGCCGUCCUCGGACUACUACGAGGUCAUCCAGCUGCGCACCAACUGGCCCACCGUGCUGCCCUGCCAGGUGACCAACCCGCUGGCCAAGGUGACGCUGCACCGCGAGUUCCCCCCAGAGGAGGUGCGGGUGGACGGCACAGAGAUCUCGUUCGACGUGAAGCGCGGCUUCACCAUCCACCGGCCGAAGCAGCACCACGCCGGGUCCCUGUACUGCGUGGCCAGCAUGGGCAGUCUCCGCCAGAGCUCCACCAAGUACAUGCUCAUCUACGUGAACUAUCCUGCAGCGCCGCCCGUCCCGGUCAUCCAGACCUCCUCCAGCUCCGUAUCCGUGGGGUCAAACCUGCAGGUCACGUGCACCGUGGUCGGAGAACAGGAUGUUGUUGUGGAGUUCACCUGGGAGUAUCCAGGACAGCAGAUCGGCCGACCCCUCUACACCCAGGACAGCAUAGAGCCGGCCAAUAACAUAGGUCGCCUGCGGCAGCGAUCCCAGUCCGUCCUUAUGGUGGACGAGGUGAGGGUCGUGGACCAGGGCACCUACACCUGCACCGCCCAAAACCUGGAGGGCUCACGUUCCACCUCCACCACAGUGAAGGUGGUGCCUAAAAAGCUGUGAGGGAACAUGAGGGAGGAUGCGAUUCAAGUGGAAACUCUUCACCUGAUUCUAGUAGUGCUUGCCAACCACUAUAUGUGUUACUUUAGUGCCUGUCCAGCAUCCUGCGUGUGCUAUACUGCAGACCAGCUCCUCAGUAGCUCUCUGUUGAUAGGAUCAGAUUUGGCAGGCAUCAUAAAGCAUCAAAAAUAGAAUGCAUAUGAGUUCUAAUGCUUCUGAUUCUGUCAUAGGAAUGCAUCCAUAAUAUGAUGUAUGAAUAUGUUUAAUCAUCACCUAUUGUUUGAGCGUGCUGAGCGGGGGUGCUACCAUGCUUCCUACAUACAGUGGGAGUGUUUUCAGAGUGGGUUAACACCAGGUUAUGUAAUCCAAAGGUAGUUAGGUUCUUUUUUAGUCAUGUCAGGGGAAAAGGCAGUGUUUUGAAAAAAAAAAAAACUUUUGUCAGUUAUUACCUGAAACACAAGGUGUCUUCUCGAAACAGUUGGGAUUUUUUUAUAUAUAUAUAUAAACAGUUGGGAUUUUUAUAUAUAUGUAAACAAUCCCACACUCCCAUGCA